GUGAAAUAAGCAGGUGACAGAAGAAUGCAAAGAAGUACCUUGGCAUUGAUUUGGGGAUCAAAAUGCUGGGUAGAUAACAUCAUUGCUUACUGAAGUACAUUUGUCUUCCUGUGAAGUAGACUUUGGCUUGUGAAUCUGGACUAAUGUGUAUGUUCAAGCUUACAAAGGUGACCAGUAAAGUUCUCUCUGAGCAGCCAAAAAGCAGACAGCUCAUGACUUCUGAUCAGGACACUAAAGUUGUGGCUGAACCGCAGGUGCAGCAAGUACAAGAAGUUAAGGACGGUUCUCAUCUAGAGUCAACCAAGGUUUCCGAGUUAAACCCUAAUGCAAAGGUGUGGGGAAAUCAUAUGUUACACUUGGAAGCAAGUGGUGCCGCUGAUGGUAGUGUGAGCAAAACGUGGGAAGAAAUACCUGACCAACCUCCAGAUUCUUGUAAAGAAGGACUGGAUGCCAACGGUGAUGGCGACAAAAAGCAUCAGAAUGCAGUGCUGACAGAGCUGCCGGAGCCGUCACCAGCUGUGUCGGUGUCAGACCAGACAGAUAUGAACCCUUUGGCUCUCGAUCAUUCUGAGUAUGAGUCUAUGCAUGAAACCACCCAGACAGGUGGAAACGAGCAGUUGCAGCCAGAAGGUCAGGAAGAUUUACGAGAAUUACUGAAAAAGACACUGGAAUUCUGUUUAUCUAGAGAAAAUCUUGCCAGUGACAUGUACCUUAUAUCACAGAUGGACAGUGAUCAGUAUGUGCCAAUAAUGACAGUAGCAAACCUUGAUCAUGUCAAGAAACUCAGUACUGAUAUGGAUUUGAUUGUUGAAGUGCUGAGAUCGUUGCCUUUAGUUCAAGUGGAUGAGAAGGGGGAAAAAGUUAGGCCAAAUCAGAAUCGCUGUAUUGUGAUUUUACGUGAAGUACCCGAAUCUACUCCCAUUGAAGAGGUUGAAGCACUUUUCAAAGGAGACAAUUUGCCUAAGUUCAUCAACUGUGAGUUUGCCUAUAAUGACAAUUGGUUCAUCACAUUUGAAUCAGAAGCUGAUGCACAGCAGGCUUACAGAUACCUUAGAGAAGAAGUGAAAACUUUCCAAGGAAAACCAAUUAAGGCAAGGAUAAAAGCGAAGGCAAUAGCUAUAAACACGUUUUUGCCAAAGAAUGGAUAUAGACCUCUGGAUAUGAACCUCUACACGCAGCAGCGUUACACAACAUCCUUUUACAUACCUCCAGUAUACAGUCCCCAGCAGCACUUCCCAUUGUACAGCUUAAUUGGCCCACAGACCUGGUCAGCCACGCACAGCUACCUUGACCCUUCAUUGGUAACACCAUUUCCAAAUACUGGAUUUAUCAAUGGAUUCACAUCUCCAACCUUCAAGCCUGCUGCUUCUCCACUGACAACACUCAGACAAUAUCCUCCCAGGAACAGGAAUCCUAGCAAGUCUCAUAUACGACAUACAAUACCCAGUGCAGAGAGGGGACCUGGGCUUCUAGACAGUCCUACAAUAUUCAACUUUUCUGCUGAUCGUUUAAUCAAUGGCGUCAGGAGUCCACAGACGCGGCAGCCGGGACAAAGCAGGACACGGAUGCAGAGUGCUACUACGAGUUACACCAAGAGGGAAGUAGGAACUGGGCGGAUGGAACAGACCAGCGUUGACUCGUCUCCUGGACUGGGGAGAGGAAGGAAAAACUCAUAUGGCUACCGGAAGAAAAGGGAGGACAAGUUUACAAGAGGCCAAACACAGUCUCCACCACCCCCAAAACCUCCAUCUCCCAGCUUUGAAUUGGGUUUAUCUAGCUUUCCUCCAUUACCUGGGGCUGCUGGCAAUUUGAAGACUGAAGACCUGUUUGAAAACCGACUGUCCAAUGUGGUAAUAGGAACGUCAAAAGAAAGAAACAUUAAUGUGGAUGCAAGUACCAACACUAUUCCAUCAGGAAUUCCUCGAGAGCCCUUGUUACCAGUUUCUUCUACAUUGCCCAGGACCUUUGAAAGGUCUCCUUCGCCACCCCAGUCUUCUGAGGACCCCAAGGUUGUGGAUAAACAGCAGAGAGAGACACAGAGUACAGAAAGACUUUCUUCUUCCACACUCAGUACUGCAUGUAAAUCGGUACAAGUCAAUGGGGCUGCCAUAGAACUGCGGAAACCUAGUUAUGCGGAAAUUUGCCAGAGAACAACUAAGGAUCCUCCUACAUUGCAACCCCAGAAAGAACAGAAGCCAAACACUGUAGCAUGUGGGAAAGAAGAAAGAAAGCCCACAGAAACAAUAGAGAAAAACAGAGAACCUCCUCCUGCAAAGUCACAUCCUGGACAACCCAAAGACCAGAGGAGACAGUCAGGACGCAGAUCGUCCCCUCCAGCCGUUGGCAAACGCUUAAAUAAAGAACAGAGUACCCCUCCAAAAUCUCCUCAGUGAAACUAACACCUGGGAGGGAUUUGAGAAGAGGUCUGCUUCCCACAAAUUAAACCCAUGUUCCCACUAAGAUACCUGAGAAUGAGUUGCUGGUUAGGAGCUUGCAGUGAUACUGGGCAUAUAACAAUGCCUGCAAGUUAUUUUUCUGUGAAAUACUUUUUCCCCUCUUGAACAAACAUUCUAUUUUUCUGGGUAUUUCUGGAUAGUUGUUCUAAACCUUACAUUUAGAUUGGUGCUUAAUUGGAGGUGAAGCUUAGUGUGAUUUUUUUUUUUCCUUUUUUUCAAGGUGUAAAAUAUUUGUCUUUAAAAAAGAAAUCAACUUUUUAUUAAGCCUCUCUGUGGCUGUGUGAGUGCAAGCUCUGUAUAGUGAGUUUUUUCUAAACUGUUAAGCAGAAAUGUGCUGCUGCAAUAUUUUUAAUAAACAGGUCUGCAAGUACAUAUCUAAAGUGUCCAAAAGACUGAUAACGGCAGCUAGUGUGUAGAGUGCAAGGAAGUAGAACAUAUUUUACAAACUAGUAUGUGACCUUGAAGAUUUUUUUUUUUAUUGGGCUGCUGUACUAAGUGUCAGCAAAUGAACUUGCACUUUUAGGUUAAAUGAGUAGCUGUUUCUAGUAUUUUUAAAAAAAUAAUCUUUUUUUGAUGUUUUGCACACACAAAAUUAAUUCUACGGGGCACCAUAGCAGUCUUUCUAAAAUAUUUCCUUUUUUUUUUUUGACUUACUGCAAGCAAGUAACCAUCUUCUCACUCCAGAAUAAAACUGAUGUUAUAAUUUGCAAAUACAAAGCACAUUGUGAAUAGAAAGAAUCAAGUCUGUGAGCUUCUAUGAUGGUGAAGCCUGUUAGUGAGUGGAUGUUAUCAGGAGAAAGCAGUGUAGCCUUCUUGUGAUAACUUUAGCUUCCCUGUACUUGUAAGGGAGUUAACUGAGUCAGCGCUGUAUAUUCUGGUUACCCCUGUGCUCUGUGUAGACUUUUUUUUAAGCUCUGCCCCAAGUGCUCUUUGAAAGAGUUCAUAUCUUAGUCAGCCUCGUGUUGACAUCUUCCUGUAACUACAAGCAUUGGCAUAUGGAUUUAAAUUUUUCAAGACGUGAGAUAGUGGUGUUUGUUUUGUGUGGUGGAGGAAGAGAUCCCUGAUAUUUACCUCUGGGAUGAGGUUUCUCACACUUAUUUACUUUAGAAGUGAUGCGCUUUCUGAAGGACAAGGAUGCACUAAAUUAGCAAGUUUCUAAUAAAGUUGAAUAUAAAUUAUUUUUGUUUUAAGAUGCCUAAAGUUUUUCUUUAAAUGUUUAAACUGCAGGAAGUUCAGACAAAACUCAUUCCUGCUGACUAUGACAGUACAGUUUAUUCCACAAAAAUGUUUAUUUAAACAACUGAUUUUUUUAAAGAAUUAUUUCCAUCCAAUAUUUAAAGACUUGAAUUUUAUUUAAACUUGAAAAUGACUUUGCCUUAACUUUUGUACAAGACAGCUUAGAGUUAAUGAGGUCUGACCCCGUGGAGGGUUAGCAUGAAUGGAAUACAGAAUUACUCAGUUACAGUAUGUAUCUAUUGUCACUGGUCUUACUGGGUAAACAUACUGUAGUACAGGAACUAGCAGCAGUUUUUGUAAUAUACCUUAAAGAUCUUAAACAGUUGAUCUUUUUCAGAUUGUUGAAAAACCUGUAAAUGCAAAUAGUCAAUACUGUAUUAAAUAUGUGCACUUGGAAGUGUGUGCUUUGCUUGUACAGUUGUAAAUAAUCAGAACAUAUAAAAAGGUACCCUAAAGAAAAAAAUCUGAUAAAAAUUAUUGAUAUUAUAAAUGUUGCUGUUGAGCUGGAUGUAGAUAAACUAAAUGUUGUGGUUUGAAUAUUACUUUAAUUCGUUGUUUUUUCUUUUUCUUAUUUUAUUCUGGUGUGUUGAACUGACUCUGCCUCUUCACUGCAAAAGGGAAAUGGAACGAAAGUCUUAUUUGAAAGCCCUCAAAUGUUUUCCCAAAGUCCCUCUAACAAACAAGCGAUUUAACCAAUUCAAAAAUGUUCUGCAAUGUAAAUAAUGAAUUUCAGCAGUCAAACUGUAAUUUUAAAGUCAUUAAUAAAAAUCAAGUCUAAUUGGGGAAAAACUUGACUGCUGCAAAAAUAUACACUGAAGCUUACUUGUGUGCUUUCAAGAGUAUCAGUGCAUGAUUCACAGAACUGUAAAGUAACUAUAGAAGUUGACUCCUGAUAAAUCUCCUAUUACAAGCGUCAAUUGGUAACUAGUUGACAUUUUAAAAUCCAGCCUGUUGUGUGCUGCAGAAUUGGUCAAAACAGGGCAUGCCGGAGUCUGUCAAUUUUUCUCGUUUGAAAAGCGCACUUUGUGAACGCUGCGGGAGGAGAUAAGACCCCGACAACAUCGCCAAAACCGCUCAACUCGUUCUGUCAUUGGAUUUAUUUUUUUUUAAUACGCUUCUCCUUUCCCCAGCGGCAGUGAACACGGUAGCUAGAUUUGUGUAUGGUUUAGGCCAGCUGUAUGAUUCAUUUUGUUUGUCUGCUGCAAGUGAAAGGCUUUCCAGCUGCAAACAAUCGCGAGUGGUUCCUUACAGCGACUGUGUAUGGCUCGUCAUGAUACUCAGCUGGUACCUGAGGUGAUAUAUUGAGACCAGCGGGGUGUGUUGUGCUGUUCUAAUGUAUUCUGCUGCCAUUUGUGCUAGGUCAAUACACUGUAAUUACUGCUUACCCAGCAACAGUCUGUUGCACCAAAAGUUUAAACCUUCCUCUGACGUGGUUUUUAUAGCUUUUUUUUAAAAAAACAAACAAAACAAAGUGACACGCCAAAUCGCUGUGUAACAUACCAUACAACUUCUUACUGCAUUUUACUUCAAGAUUGUUUUUUUCCUUUUUGUUUUUUUUCCACUCAGUGACAAAAUGGAGUUUUCAGAGUAGAGUUGUGAAGUUGCAUGCAGACUGUUGCUAUGAUACAGAGAGAGAUUAAAAUGUGGCUUUUAAAAUGAAAAACCUCCCAAAAGCAGUAGCUGAGUUCAGGGAUGCAGUAAUUAAAAUUGGCAUUUUACCUCGUAGGACUGUGUGGUGAUGCUUUUCAUUUUGAAAACAAGUCAAAAUGGGAUCUGAGACUCUCCUUCCAGGAACUUAAAAAAAUGAAGGUUGCUUUCAAAACCAAAGGUUGUUUCAGAUCAGUCCCUCACCGUGACAAUGUCAGUCACCACUUGGAAAUCUGUGAACAGUGGCAAUUUUUUUUACCUUGCUGCAUUACCCUUCAAAGCCCUGAGCAGCUGGCAUGGAAAAGGCCCUUGUUGGAACAUGGUGCAGUGUAUCACAAGCAACAGCUGCCUGUAAUGGUGCACACCUAUCUCUGUAUCUCCUUCAGUAGCUACAGGUAGGGACUUUUGUGCUUUGUAACCGAUUACACUAAUAGCAGCAGACAAUCUGAGAUUUCUAAGGAGACCUAACAGCUGCCAAUUCAUGAAACAGAAGUGUAAUAUGGGAGCCUUUUUGAGGGUUUUUGUUUUUGUUCUUCUUCCAUUAAGACUGGAAUCAAGCUUACAUGUAAACUAUCAGUAAUUUAAGUUUCCUUUUGUGUCAUAAAAUGUAAAACUGUCUAAUUUGAAAAAAAAAUAUGUAGGUUAUGAAAAAUAAAGAUUUAGGCACUGUUGAA